AUGACAGGAGUACUGACGAGACAGGAGAGGAUAUCGCUGUGCGUUGGAUUCUUUGGCUUCACAACUACGGUUAUGUACUUCAUAAAGACCAAUCAGAAUUACUGGUCUCGUCUCUCGGAUGUCGAACAGCGUCUGGCAGAGCUGGAGCGGCGUGCUGGCCUGGCCCCUCUGGUUGAAGAUGACGGUGGCGACUCAGAUGAUGAAAUGGACGACUCAGACGAAUCAGAUGCAGAACCAGAGGAGAAUAUGGCAGCUGCAGACGACUCAGACGAUGCGGACGAUCCAGGGGUCAUGAACAGAAGCAAGCUGGAGCAAACGGAACCACACCUCUAA